AUAGAAUAAUAUGUUAGAUGUAUAUCAGAAUGAAAACAGCGUAGAUAAGGACUGGGAUAGUUGGGUAAAUUUUUUUGGCCGCUCCGUGGGGGGAUGGGUACCUGUCUAACGGCGAACGCGAAUUAUAUUGAUACAACAAUUAAGAGAAACGCUUAUGUGGAUGCAGAAAGGAAUGCUGAAGUAAAGAAAUGAAAGGCUCGAAUGAGAUGAUUUGCAGGUGGAAUUGGCGAAGGAAAAAAAAAAAAGGUAAGACGAAAGGAACACAAGGCUCCGGGAUGGCAGACGUUGUCUAAAGUGGUCGAGCCAUGUACAAGAACGGAAGAUGGACAAGAAAAGAAGACAGUAAAAGACGAGAAGAGAAGCGAAGACCGAUCCGAGGAAAGACACCUGAUCUUCUGAUGAGGCAGAAAAUGGGCCGUUCACCUGGAAUGGGGAUGGGGGAGAUGAAGAUCGGGGGGAGGAGGGGGGGAAAGGGAGGGGUGGAAAAAGAAGAGAAUAGAGAAGAAGAAAGAGAAAAGAGAGUCGGAGAGUCGGAGAGGAAGAGAUGGAGAGGAGGGAGAGGGGUUGAAGGUGAGGAAGAGGAGGAGGAAUUAGGGAGAUUAUUGGGAGGUGAGGAUGGCCAGGAGAGCGACGAGAGAGUGACAAGAGAGUGAGUGACAGACAGCAGAAGGCGGAGUCGGACGGGAUUUUCCAGACAACGCGAGAAAAAAAAAAAUGCAAGACACACCGUGAAUAAUUAUUUUUAUUUUAUUUUUUAUGCUGAGUGUUUCAAUUUUUAUUCCAAGUAUCAGAUCGUGAUAAAAUAACGGUAUUAUAGGAAGAGAAUAAAAAUCUGAUAUUGCUACAGCAUCAUGCAACUAUCGUCCCUCGUUCUCCUGAAUCCUCUUAAGGGGGGAAAGCCAGUCGUGACGGUUGGACGGUUUAGCCAGCAGACUAAGGCGUUAGCGC